UGGAUAUUAGUGGUUACAGAUAGAGCGUACUUAUGUGAUGUAUGCAAGUGUACCAGAUUUAAAUUUAAACAAGGAUUGAAAAUUGAUUGUAGUAAUCGAUUGAGCAAGGGAUAUAAAAUUACUUCACUUCCAGAAGAGACAGUAUGGAUAGAUUUAAGUGAUAAUAACAUAAAGGGAAUACAAUGGAGAUUUCCAAAGAAAAUCAAAUUUAUCAAUUUGUCAAGAAACAAUAUUUCAGCUCUCCCUGGUAAUCCAUUCAGUGGACUUGAAGUUUUAAGAUAUUUAAAUCUCGAACAGAAUAAUCUCACACUCUCAGAAUCAAUCUAUUACCAGGACGUAUUUCUUUCUCUGCGAAGUUUAGAAACAUUGAAUAUUAAGAGGAACGCAAAAGCUAACGUGAAUUCAAAUUCUAUUGAUAGAGCUUUUUCCAGGCUUGUUUCUUUGAAAAUACUUAAAAUAGACAUACCUUUUAAUUUUACAUUUGGCGAUGGAUUCAGAAAUCUUUGGAACCUUUCUGUCCUUGACACAUCAGGAAUAACAGGUAUUUGCAAUAUUAGAAGUUUAUCAGCAGAUUUCUUCAAAAACAUACCUUUUCUGAAGGAUAUCGAUAUAAGUAAAUGCAAAAUUUCUUAUGUUGAUAAAGGGCCCUUCAAACUGCUUCGGCACUUGAAAAAACUCGAUAUUUCUCACAAUAAGGAAUUAGGAUUUGUCUCUCUCCCAAAUGCAACCUUUGGUCUGAGCGAAACAUCAAUCAAAGUUUUUCAUGCAGACAAUAUCCAUUGUUCACUUGGUAUUGGAACAAUGUUAUCAAUUUCCCAUAUCGAGAACUUGCGUCAAACAAAACUUCUUGAGGCUUCUUUUGCACAGAAUAGGAUGGAAUUAAUUGGAAAAGGUGUUUUGCCAAAUAUGCCUUCAACAUUGGAGAAACUAUCUUUCGCCUUAAACCGACUCACAACAGGAAUAUAUCUAUUUGAAUUUUUCUCUCUGCGUAAAUUGAAAGAAUAUAACAUGACAUUACUUUUGAAACCUGUAAGAUUUUAUCCGGAUCUUUUUGAGAAAUGCAACGAAAAGAAAGAUUUUAAAAUCGCAAUUGAGUCGAGAAAAAAUAAAUACCAACAAUAUUCACACAUACAGAAAAACAGACUUUUGCCAAAUAUAACAGUUUACAUUCCUCCAAAUCUUACAACAAUGUAUGCUAAUUCAAGCAAAUUAUACGGAGGGAUUCCAAAACUAAUCAUGAAUGCAACAAAAUUGAAAAAUAUCUACGUACAGAACAAUCUGCUCUUUUCAUGGGAUCAACCUGUGUUUGGGUUUGAGCUUGUCGAAAAACUAGAUUUAUCAGACAAUUUUUGUUCUAGAAUAUCCCCCCGUUUUACUUCAAGCGGUACCGGAUUAAAGUACUUAAACAUUGCUAGAAAUUUUUUGUCUCUACCGAUUCAAAUGGACAGAAGAUGCCAAUUAUUUAAAAAUCAACGAAAACUAGAAGAAUUCGAUUUAUCAAACAGCAGACUUGUUCACAUACCAAUCUGUACUUUUCAAAACCUGGCAAAAUUAAGAAUACUAAAACUUAAUCAUAACCAACUGACCGAAGUAAACUUCAGAAUGCGUCACAUGACUGCCCUUUCUUAUAUUGAUCUCUCCGAUAACAGAUUAACGGGUUUUACAAAUGAAACUAUACAUGCUUUUACUUACAUCUUCGAAAAAUCAAAAGUAAUCAUUAACCUACAAAAGAACAACUUGUAUUGUAGAUGUGAAAAUUUAGAAUUCUUGACAUGGUUGUAUAAUAACAGAAUGCAUUUCUUAGGUUUCCAAAAGUAUACUUGCUCAGAUCGUACCAAUCAUUUCAAUUUUAAAUACAUGGAACAAUCUCUCCAAAAACUCAAACUUGACUGUAUGAAUUUUAACAUUUGGAUUGUCACAACAACUGUUUUGAUUACUCUAGUAAUUAGUGUAAUACUUGUGAUAAUCAUUCGGAAAAACAUCUGGCACAUAAGGUACUUCCUGUAUAAAAGUAAACGACAAAAUGAAAGUUUUACUUCAUCUACACGAGUAGAGGAAUCAUCUAAUCUGCUUGCAAAACCCGAUUUGCUGGGGUCAAUAGCUGAGGAAAGCUGUGAAGAAAUCAGUCACUAUGGAAUGAAGCAAGAAAAAUUGCAAUAUCCUUACCAUGCAUUUAUAUCUUAUGUAGGCGAGAAUAGGGGAUUCGUAUUUCAGAAGAUGAAACCAAAACUGGAAGCUAAAGGUUUGAGGUUACUAAUUCGUGAUAUUCACUUCGAAAUUGGUAAUUCUAAAAUAAAUAACAUCAUGAAAGCAAUCGGGAGGAGUAAAAGAACAAUUUGCGUGGUGUCAAAACCGUAUCUGAAAUCAAAAUGGCGAACAUAUGAAUUAAACAUGGCGAAAAUGGAAGGUUUAAAGGAAAGAGGAUCCCUCGGAUAUGUCCAUCUUAUUCUAAUGCCUGAUUUGUUUGAAGGAGGUUGUGACACAGCUAUAAAAGAUUUUAUUGACAAAAAAUAUUUUCUUGACUAUCCACCGGAAGAUUCGUCCCUGCAGAGGGAAUUCUGGCAAAAUCUCACUCGUAUUAUCAAGAACUCAUGAUAAUA